GUGAGUGUCCGCACAGGCAGCACAGGGCCAUAGAGGAAGUGGACAACGAGCAAAAAAGACCAGCAAAGAUUGUUCUCUGCCAAACUGAAAGGGAGUUUUCCUCCAUCUCUGUCGCUGAGGGAAGCGGUCAUUAGGGGCCAUGAGUUGCUGCUGGGGCUACCGUCAUUGUAUCCCUCCGAUGCGGAACACUUAAAAUGGGGUCUAUGUUACCAGCUACCAUGGCUGCCAAGCGGCAAGCCAUGCUCUAAUCGCCUAGGCAACAACCUUUCUGUGACCUACGACUUCCUGUCUCCACUUCCUGCUCUGGCCACACCCCUUCCUUACCUGUCGCCCAACCUGAUUUCAAACUUGCCUGCUUCCGUUCCUAAUAUUCUCCCCUUUCUCUUGUUUUCUUAAUAAGAUAACCCCUCCUAUCCUCCCUUCCUCCCUAACCAUGGCCAACAGGUUUCUCCACCUCCCCUCCAUUCCGCUCUCCCUAUCCCUCUCACCAUCCAUCUUCCUCUACCUUCUCCCCCCAUUACUUCUUCUCCUCCACCUCCCUGUGUCUGUCCGGGGGGACUGCUGGCUGAUCGAGGGGGAUAAAGGCUACGUGUGGCUGGCCAUCUGCAGUCAGAACCAGCCCCCAUACGAGACCAUCCCCCAGCACAUCAACAAUACGGUCCAUGACCUGAGGCUGAAUGAGAACAAGCUGAAAGCAGUGCUAUUCCACUCCAUGUAUCGCUUCACCAACCUCACGGACCUCAACCUCACCAAGAACGAGAUCUCUUACAUAGAGGACGGGGCCUUUACCCAUCAGGCCAACCUACAAGUCCUCCAGUUGGGUUACAACAAGCUGACCAACCUGACAGAGGGGAUGAUGCGGGGCCUGGGCCGCUUGCAGUGCCUCUUCCUCCAGCACAACCUCAUCGAGGUCAUUGACAACAAAGCAUUCGAGGAGUCCAGCUCCAGCCUCAGCAGCAUCGACCUCUCGUCCAAUAAGCUGGCCCGGAUCGAUCCGUCAACGUUCACCGUGCUAAACCGGUUAAUGGUCUGCGAGCUGGCAGGAAAUCCUUUCCAUUGUGGAUGUGAUCUGUAUAGUUUUCUUACUUGGUUGGAGGCAUUUAAUAACGUGACACAUACAUACGACAGGCUGCAGUGCGAGACCCCCGGCGAGCUGUUUCUCUACCCGCUCCUGAGCCCCGUGGCCGGGCACGGGCGCAGCGCUCGCACCAUGCUUGCCACCAUCUGUCGCGACGGCAUGAUCAUACCCGGGAUCACGUCUCAACCCGGCACCGACUGGGAGGGCUCCGGGAUGGGCCCGGAGAUGGAUGGCCGGGCCGGACCGUAUCAUCAGCCGACAGCGUCGUCCACGGCUGACCCCAACUUCAACCCCAGCAUCAAACUCCAAUGGGUCACUCUGUCUGCAGCCAAGCUGUUGGUCCAGAUCCCUAAACCAUACAGCAAGAUGUACGUCCUGGUUCAAUACAACCAGAGCUUCGUCUCGGACAUCCAGAACCUCAAGGAGAAGAAGGAGAAGGUGACGUUGGUGGAUCUCAAACCUCACACCAACUACACCUACUGCGUAGUGUCUAUAAGUAAAAACCAGCGCAACAACCACACGUGCAUCUUCUUCGCCACGCGAGAGGCUGGCACUGACGACCACCACGCCAACCCGUCAACCAUGACGCAUUACAUCAUAACGAUCCUGGGGUGUCUGCUGGGGAUGGUGAUCGUGCUCGGGCUCGUCUACUACUGCCUGAGGAAGCGUCGGAUGCAGGAGGAGAAGGAGAAGGUGAUCAGCGUGAAGAAGACCAUCUUGGAGAUGCGGUAUGGACCGGAGGCUGCAGCACAGGCAGCUAACGACCCGGCAGCCAUGCAGCAUCUCCAGGAACAGGCCCAGAACCAGGGGCACCACGGAGGUCACCUCCACGGAGGAGGGAGUGGCGGGGGUAAUAAACUUCCCCCCUCCACCUCCUCCAGCUCCGGCAUGCUCCACGGUUCGGCCAACACCACCUCCUCCCGCCUCUCGACGCUCCCCCAAGUGGAGAAGAUGGCCACGGCGUUCUGUGAAGCCAUGGCAACCAAUAAAGGGAACUAUAUGGACGUGAGGACUGGGGCAGGAUUAUCAGGAGACGGGGGAGGAUUAUUACUGGCAGGGGGAGGAGGAGGAGGGGGGGAGGCGAUACUGGUGGAUAUGCGAGGCAUCAACGGUUGCAGUGAAGAUGGAAUGGACGUUGGGAAUGAUUCGGAUGACGACGGGCACGGAUCUGCAUCGGAGAUCUCGACAAUCGCCAUGGAGGUCGACAAAGUCAACCAGAUUAUCAACAACUGUAUCGACGCGCUCAAGCUCGACUCCCUUGUUGCCACGACAACAUCUGGCGACAACCCUACUUCUCCUCCACCUGCUAGUAUCACCUCCCUCGCUCGGAACCUUAUCCCCCUCUCUCAAGGCCUCGCUGACACCUGCCAGAUGCUCGCCUCCUCUCCCAAAAUCCAUGCCCCUCCCGCGAUGACCCCCGUCCCCCUCGUCAUGCCCCUCUCGGAGCGUCCCGGAAUCAGUGGAGGGGGGUUUCUCUCGCCACCCUACAGGGACCCACCACCGGCGAAUGCCGUACGACCCUUACAGAGGCAGCUGAGCGAUACAGGUGUGGUGGUCAUGGGUGCUGGGAAGAACCGAUGUAGCGUGUCCUCGGCUGGAGGAUCCAUGAAGAGCACCAGGGUCUUCAGUCUGGAUGUCCCGGAGCCCCGCAGCCCGGGGCCCAACUCCUGCCCUCCAUACUCAGAGAAGGGGAGCCCUGUUGGGUGUGGGGAAACCAUGGAGAGGCUCCCUCUUGUGGGUGGAAAUGGUAGUGGUUGUGGUAGUGGUGGUGAUGGAAACGGGAUGGGUUGUGGUGGUGGGAACGGAAUGGGAGGAGGGGUUAAUGAAGGUGGGGUGAAUGUCAAUGGAGGCCCGGGAAAGCAGCAGCAGCAUCAUCAUCUGGAGGUACAUCCAGACUACCACUGUUCUGAGCACAGGCACUCCUUCCCCGCCCUCUACUACGAGGGAUCCAACGACUCCCCCUCUCCCUCCCCAUCCCAGAAGGCCUCCUUCCUCAAACCCCUGGGACGUACCAAAAGGGACCCUGCCGCCUACUCCCAGCUCUCCCCUUCCCGGCACCACAACUACUCCGGCUACUCCUCCAGCCCCGAAUAUUCCUCGGAAAACACCCUUCGAAUCUGGGAGAGGUUCCGGCCACACAAGAAAGGCCCUCGCGACCCUCGCGAAGAGGCGACGUAUAUCGCUGCAGGCCACGCCUUGAGGAAGAAGGUUCAGUUUGCGAAAGACGAGGACCUCCAUGAUAUCCUCGACUACUGGAAGGGGGUGUCGGCCCAGCAGAAGCUGUGAGAGAUGAGGAAGAGGUGUAACCUAGAGGAUGGCAUACAGAAGGAGAAGACAGUGAUGUCAUAAUUCUCAAGAACUCCCAGACAGUGAAUGGACCUGAAUGACACAACUACAACUGUCGGCUCCCAUGUGCACUUCCUGGUCUCUUUUAUGACAUCAUCUGUCUUCUCAUUCUUUAACUAUCCUCGGCUGUUACAACAGCAGACUCUGCCAGGGGAUGAGGAGGAUAGUAGUGGAAGUUAUGGGGGAGACAUUAUGUAGUAGUAGUAGUAGCAUGACACGGGGUAUUGUUUUUUUUCUACAGUUCCACAAUGGAACUACAGGGGUUCCACAAUUCUACAAGUCGUUCCACAGAAAUUCCACUGUUCCAUUGCGGGUUCCAUCAUGGUUCCACAAGAGUUCCACAGUUUUACAAUGGUUCUAUAGAGGUUCCAAAGUUCCAUAAAGAGUUCUAUAAUGUCUCUGUAACAGUUCCGUAGGGGUUCUAUAGUGGUUCUAGAAGUUUCAAAGUUCUACAUGGAGUUCCAUAAUGGUUCCACACUGAGCUUCUAGGUGGUUCCACAUUCUCUUUUUUUCCAGGUUUGGGUAAACAAAAAAACAACAAUAUAUCAGAUUUCCUUUUGUCUGGCACUUUGGUCCUUGCAGACUAUCAUAGAAAGACAGAGCCAGGGUGAUGAGGACUCAGUAAUGACUGCAGAGUCUUGUCACUAGCAGGUGUCCUAAGACUCAUUACAACAUAUCUCCCAACAACAAGCAGCAGCAUUACUCGGCUUAAACCCUGGUCCCUUAAACAGCACAGCUCAUAAUCCCAUCAACAUUCAAUUCAUU